UGAUGUGUCAAAAUGUUGCGUUUACCUUUCCGUUGAUCUACGGCAAAAAAAAAACCCAUAGAGAUACCUUCUCUCUCAUCUCUCUUUAUCCCGACAAAACAGAGGAUGGAUGCUUUCUUCUCUCCCUAUCUAUCUUAAAACAGAGAGAUCUUAGAAGAAGACAAAAUCUUUACCACCAGAUCCUCUUCUCUCUUCCUCUUACAUGUUACCACAUCACCACAACUUUCUGGGAAUAAAAAAGACUUGGUUUCUUCUCCUCCGAUGAGGUGUAAAAGACACACCGUCGAUCUCACGAGUACCGUCGGCGUCUGCGCUUCCUGUCUCCAUGAACGUCUCCUUUCCCUCGCCGCCUCAAUCGCCGUGGAAGAUAGCAACAACAACAACAACCAUCGUCUAUCGCGCAAAUCUAGUAAUCAUCCUCCUCCUCGAGGAGCAGAUCUCGGAGUCUCAGGCAAGGCUUUGGAAUCGAAAGGAGGUAAGGUUUCGAGAAUCUCCAAUCCGUUCAGAGCCAGAUCUGAUUCCAAUCCUAAACCGGAGCCUUCUUCUUCUUCGUCGUCGACGUCACGGUCAUGGAUCUCUUCCUUUCUCUCCACCGGUCGCUCCAAGAAGCAACCGACCACCAUGGAGGACUUGAUCUCCGGCUGUCGAGGAAUGUCGCCUGCUAGAGACGCGGGAGGAGAGGAUGGCAAUGAGGUACCAUCCGGAUCAAUCGAGGAAGAGACGCCGGGGAGAACGAGAAGAACCACUCCGGCGGCGAUGAAAACUCCGGGGAGGAGGAAGAUUAUGACGGGGAUGGGUUUCUGCUUGAGCCCGUUGGUGAGGGCCAGACCUAACUGUCCUUUUAAACGGAAAAGCAGGUUUCCAUCGGAGUUUGUCGGAAAUACCGGCGAGGUGACUGCGGGGGAGAAGCCACAUAUCUCCGAAGCGGCGUCGUUUUGCGCGAAUAGAUCGAAGAAGCUGGCGGAUUUAGGUAGAGGGAAUCACCGCCGUUGAGUUUUUUGGUCUGUUUGAUCAUUGGCUACAAAGGUUCGUGUGUUUUCCGGCGAUAAAUGGUUUCCCGGUGACUUAAGCUUCUCUUUGGAGUAACCAGCAGAGAAGACGCUCUCUUGGUUCGAAUCUGAGUCUACUGUUGGUGUUGAGUUGGCUACCAAGACACUCAAAAGUCGUCAAAGCAGAUUUGGGAUACUGCUGGUCAAGAGAGGGUGAGGCGCUUUCAUGUUUCAAGGAAGAGUGAAGUUAUGUUCUGUGGAUGCGAACAAGUUGGACACUCCCUUGAGAGAUGCAUAUUAUCUUGCUCCCUGAAGAUGUUCUAAGCAACAUCUUGCCCUUACUUCGGAACAAAGCUGGCUGUUUCAAUAUCUCCUCUCUUAAAAAUGUGGAUGUAUCUGUUUGCAUUCGUGCACGACGUCGAUUUUGGAUUUGUCUGUCUUGCCGCAACCAGAAGAGGCUAAAGAAGAGAGUAAUGCGAACCGGGAGAGCUCCAGGAAUGUUGUUUGGAUUCUAUACAUCAUUGACAUUUUAUACACAUUCGAAUUUGUUUGGGUCUUAUAAUGGGCCUUGUAAAGACCAUUAAUAUAUACCAUUUGUGAUGAGAAAAUCCAUCUCUUAUAUCA